AUGAGUACCUCUGCUGCUAAGCCAAUCCAGCAGUAUGGCCUCACAGAAGUCUACUCCGCAACCAAUCCUCUUGUGGAUGUUGUCUUCGUCCACGGAUUGAAUGGCCAUCCUCUCAAUACUUGGUCCACCACCAAACCCGAUGUCUUUUGGCCAGCCGACCUCCUCCCCGCUGCUCUCGAAGAUCAAAGACCCCGAAUCCUGACCUAUGGUUACGAUGCCAAUGUGACAGCAUUCACAGAUGGAGUGUCCAAAGACAAGAUACACAAUCAUGCGGAACAUCUGGCAAGCCGGUUGGUAGCCAACAGAUCGUUGAGGAAAGCGCAAGAGAGGCCUAUCAUCUUCAUCUGCCACUCUCUCGGAGGGUUGGUAGUCAAAAGAUGUUUGAUCUACUGUAAUAGCAUUCGGCAUCACCAACACACCGAACGACUGAGAUCUAUAUAUGUUUCCACCUAUGGCAUUUUGUUUCUCGGAACACCGCACAACGGAUCCGAUCUGGCAAAAUGGGGUUCUCUCUUGGAAAAGAUCUGCUCCGUCGCCCUGCCAAAGAAAUUCUUCGAUUCUUCACCCCAGUUGGUGAAAGCCUUGAAGACGAACAACGAAACUUUGCAGAACAUCAACAGAUUGUUUAUCGAGAUCAUUGGUCGUUUCCAUAUAUACUUUUUCCAUGAGUCAAAGCCUACAGACCUCAAGGGGACGAGAGAAUUCGUCGUUGAGGAAGACUCGGCGGCACCAGUAAUUGAAGGCGUGGAUCGAAUGGGCAUUGAAAAGGAUCAUAGUCAUAUGUGCAAAUUCGAGGACGAAUCAAGUCCUGGUUAUGAUGUCGUUGCUGAAGCAGUUCAGAGAUACGCAGAAGAAUCUCAAUCACGGAUUCGAUCUAGAUGGGAAGAAGAGAAAAGGGUCUCUGAAUUUGAACGUCAAGCAGCGGCACGGGAAUUACUGGGUGAUAGCAUUUUUCAGAUGAGCGCAGGAACUUCUGGCAAUGCCACCCCAUUGCCUCCUAAUUCAAACAAUCAACCAAGUUCAUUGAGUGCGCAUUCACCUCCCAAGCAACUUCCUGGACCUCCUUCACCUCACUCCAUUGGAUCGAUUCAAACGACAGAAAAGCAGAAUUUGGCACUCUCAACUGGUCUCUUACUUGUCGCUCCUGUGGGAUUUCGACCGAAUUCAAUGUUUUAUGGCUUUCAACUAGAACUGGAUCAGUUGGAACAGAAAUUGGCCAAUCAAAAAAGGAGGGUUAUUGGGACUUGUGCUGUUUUAUUAUGGGGCUCACCAGGUUCUGGUAAGAGUCAGAUCGCAAGAGAGUAUUUAUGGCGUCACCGGAACAACUAUCCUGCUGGCUGUUUCUGGGUCGACUGCAAAACUCACGAGUCAAGAUCAAAGAGUUAUUGGGAAAUUUCCCAAGCCGUUGCGAUCUUAGGAAUCGACCACCCUCGAAGCUCUGCUUGGGACGAAUCUUCCAAAUUUGUUGACUCGAUAAGGAAGUGGUUUGAAACUCAAGAAGGCUGGCUUCUUGUUUUUGAUGGCGUCACGACGGAUAACGAUGAUGACAUUCAGGCAUUUGUUCCUUUUAUCCCAGACAAAUCUGGCAACAGCAUAAUAUACACCUCAGUUGAUCGAACACUCGCGAAACGGCAGCGGCUUCUGAAUCCCACUGGGAUCAAGGUCUUUCCAUUGUCCCAGCACGAUGCUUGCUCCAUUUUGUACAAAAACUUGGGCAUCAAGGAACCAACUGCCGUUCAAGCAAAGAAAGCCGCUCAAUUGGUCAAGCAUUACGAGUGUCUCCCUCUUGCGAUACAUGCCGCAUCUCAUAUGCUCAUUGCUCGGGGAACCUCUUUGGAAAAGUAUUCUCCAGGGGUAUCUGACCAUCGUUUGGCCGAUCCAUUUCUGGACAUCAUGGCAGCUCUCCGGGAUCAUUUGCAUCCAGAAGCGAUCAACCUAGUCACUAUUCUCGGGUUUUUUGCCCAUUCCAUACCAGUGGCACUGUUACGCUUUGGCAUCCCAGCAUUGCAAGAGAUGGGUAUUGAGAUCCGAUCAGUGGAGAGCAUUGGAAGUAUGAAAAAAGAGCUCGAUAACACAAUAGCAGUUCUUAUACGCUAUGGACUUGUGGAACGAACACUUCUGGAAUACUCAGUGGCGUCUCCCAAUCGCUCUGUGUCACCAGAACUGUAUCGGCAUCGCGCUUCAACAACAAGUACCGUCGGGUCAAAUCGUCAAAUGCAACUUCAGCUGGUACGGGAUGAUUCCAGCAGUAUCAAAAGCAUGCUCGACCAGCCAAACGGAAAAGCAGAAGAUUCGUCUCAGAACUCUAUCACGUACAGUAUUGAUAUUCUACGCAUACACACAGUUGUACAGGGUGUCCUCCGCGAUGAGUUGAAAUUUCGUUACGCAGAUCAGCCAAAUCAAUAUUGGUCAUGGCUUGGGAUUGCUUCAAGAUUUCUCUGUCAUUCAUACCUUGUAGCAGACGAGAAGAUUCGCUCUGCAGAAGGACGUGGACUGGUACGCGAUUAUCGUGACUACGAAACACAUACUACCAGAAUGUGGUCACACUUUCCCAAAUCCGCUCAGGAUGCAUCACCGGCUCUUCGGAAGAUUCGUCAUCAACUGCACGAUACAAUCCGUACAAUCAAGAAAGAGAUUCAAAGUCGCUCCCCUUCACACUCAGUGGAUAGUAUUCAUCAUCGGGUUCAGGCUUCAGUCUUUGAACGUGCAAACAGUACAUCAUCUGACAGCCCAGAAAGUGAUAGUGGUCUCACUCGCACUUCAACAUGGACACUAGAGGGCCAUACCGAGGGUCAUACCGAAUCACCUACACAGAUGCAUCAAGAGCGAGACUUUCAUGACGAAGAUUCAGAUAGUAGCUGGACAGACCGGUGGUCUCAAUCUGGUAUGGGCAAUUCCAGAGUCCUGAUACCGUCGGGGAACUCAACGCGACGUCCAAGCGAAUCUCUGACUACUCCGACUGAGACAGCCUCUCGAAGAUCGUCGGUAUUACAAGCUAUUUUUCAAGGUCGGCCAUCCCUUACGAAGAAACCGAAAGAUCUGGGUGAGUGGAAACCUGCACUGGUGCCUCCAACGUUGUCCCAAGACCAGGCACAGACUCGUUCCAGAGCAUCAUCUUUCACCAGCGGCACGAAUGAUAGUCGACUUGCAAGACCAACGUCAACUGGUUCCUCUGAAGCGUCUGCGGCUUUAGCAGCUGUUCACCGAGCUAGUCCUCCGGCAUCGAGAGGUGGAAGGAUAAAGUCCCCGAGUCGACCGCAGUCGCUGGACAGAUCAGGUUCCGACGAAACAAGACAACCACUGUCCAUAAAGUCUCCAAAUUUGAGCUUGUCACCAUUAGCAACGGAAUUUCACCCGAGCCAAUCCAUGCCUAAUUUUGAUAGUUCAGAAAUUACACGCAGGCACAGCAGACAACCAUCAUCCUCCCCAAGACUGGUGCAGACCGUUAUUGUCAACCAGGCGACUGCUAGAAUUGUUCCCCCUCUUCAAUUCGAAGAAAAUAUUUCCAUCACACGGAGGACACAAGUGCCUCAUGUCUUCACGAAUGCACGACUUCCUGCCAGGCAUGAUAUGGGGGAUCGAUUAGAUACAAGAGAUUUCCCCUCUGGCUACAUGUCACAACCUAUGUCGCGCGACACAUCCAGAGAAUCAAAUGUUUCCUUGGCAACAGCACCUCCAGCCGUCCCUGGAUCCGCCUCUCUGAGCUCAUCGCCACAAAUCCGAGAGCCUUACCUCUACAGCAGGCCCGGUUUGGCUUCGAUAGAUGUCGUGGCAGCUAAUACUUGGACGGACGGGGCGGAAGAAGGCAUCGAGACUGCGAAGAAUACUCCCCUCGCCUCAAGUUUGUUUUUCGAAGGAUCCAACAUUUUCGAGCGUUACCAGGAAAGAUACGGCAGUGUACAAUUUGGGCAGAUGUCUCCAGUUGAGAUAGACUCGGCUCGUGCCAGAGUCACACUCGCACGAGAAAAAAGUAUCAAGGGAGCUACGGAGGAGGGGAAAUAA